AUGAAUAACAUAGUAUACAGCUUGACGGUGUGCUUCACCGUAAUCUUUACAGCCUUUAUCCUCUCAGUAAUAUCAUAUUGUUGCACCAGACAGUCCAACACAGAUGGGGCUGAUACCAGAAAUGUUGAAGCUACAGAAGACUCGAACCAGGCGGCGGCAGCGGCGGCCGUGACAGUAAUGGAGCCAUGCUUGGAUGACCAAACUAUGGUUUGCAUGUACCCUAAGGUUCUUUGCAGUUCAUCAUCAAAAGCCAAGUUGUGGAUUGAUGAAGAAGAUGAUGGGAUUUCAAGUAGUCCUUGCUGUUGCUCAAUAUGUUUGAUGGAUUAUAAAGAAUCUGAUCUCUUGCGAGUUCUGCCAAAAUGUGGUCAUUUCUUUCAUCUCAAGUGUGUUGAUCCUUGGUUCACUAUGCAUCUGACCUGCCCUAUUUGUAGGAGUUCGGUAAAGAAUUUUCAAAACAUAUCCGAAUCAAGCCAAGUCUGA